AUGAAGGAUAGCAAGACAUACCUACUGUGUAUUUUCGGAUUGUUUAUUUUAUUUUAUACUUGUGACGCUGAGAUUCAGUGCCCUGCAAAACUGGGCUGUUUUCCUAGUGCAGAAGAAUUAUUCGGGAAUGGAAACGCUCAAAGAACGAUAACUUUUGAUUCCACGUGUUCUGCUGGAGAUGUGUACAAAUCCAUAGAAAUAUCGGAUGGCAACAAUUACACUUGUUCUGUUUCAAACGAUUCAGAUAUUCGGGAUAAAGUUUCCAAGCAAGUUACCGUACCCAUCACACAAGAGACCGUGACAGUGUCCGUACCCAAUUUCAAUACGUAUUGGCAGUCCCAAACUCCAGCGUUGGAUAAAGAUUUGGUGUUAAAUAUGAAUGGCAUAUUUCUUAUUAACAAAAUUGAAAUAUCUUUCAUUGCACCGCAUGGCGAUCCAGAUAAAAUAUUGGAUGGGAGACCAAAAGCUCUGGCUAUUGAGAAAUUAGACCAAUCCAACACUUGGAUUGGCCUAGUGUACAUUGCUGAAAACUGCGCCGACUUUCCCAAUGUGCACGUUUUGCCAAAAGUCGGGUCCAAUUUUAACGCAACGACGUCCUACUGUAAGCAGGCCCAGUUUGGUAAUGACACUGACACACAGUUUCUUGCAGACUCAGUUGGUGGAAAGAGGGACAUCCCUGGAAAUGUCCAAAAGUUUCAGGUGAACUUCCACCCGAGUCUUGACCACAGCAGUGAGUUCUACUCGUCGCCUUCUGUACAGCGCUACUUCACGACCUCAGCACUGCGGGUUCGAUUGGUGAAACCGACCAGAACGGAACCCCUUCGAUCCUAUUUCGCCAUUGCUGAUAUUUCUGUUAAAGGAACUUGCGCCUGUUUUGGACAUGCAGCAUCUUGUAAAGGAGUGAAUGGUAAUGAAUGUGUUUGUAAACACAACACUGAUGGUGUCAACUGUGAAACCUGUCUGCCUCUCUAUAACAACCGCACAUGGAAGAUGGGCACACAAGACGCAGCUAAUGAAUGUCAAGCGUGUAACUGCAAUAACCAUGCAGCCUCGUGCCAUUUUGACGCCACCAAGGGAUAUGGCGUUUGUGAUGACUGUCAGAAAAACACAGUGGGUGACCACUGUGAUAGCUGUACAACUGGUUACUAUAUCAACCAGGCCCUCGUACCAGGUGCCGAAGUUCAGCCUCCCACGGGAAACUGUUCAGUGAAGGAUGCACCGAGGUCUGGACGUCCCAGAAAAACCAAUGACAGGGAAGACCGUGCUCUCGUAUGCCAAGCCAGACGAAGCCCAAAGUCUACUUGUACACAGCUGCGACAUGGAUGGCAUCCAUACAACAGAGUGUCCAUCAGCACCAUCAGACGCCGCCUAAAUUCUGCAGGAUUGAGACCAAGACGACCAAUCAGACGUCCACUCCUCACAAAUCAGCACCGCCAUGCCCGUUUAGCCUGGUGCCAAGCACGUAAUCGCUGGAACCUGAGGACAUGGAGAAGGAUCCACUGGUCCGAUGAAAGCAGAUUUUUGCUGCAUCAUACAGACGGGAAGGCACGAGUUUGGAGGCAGAGAGGCACAGCAUAUGAUCAGAGGAACAUUCAAGCUGAGGUUCCAUUUGGGGGUAGAUCCGUCAUGGUAUGGGGGUGUUGUUCCUAUGAUUGUAAACUUGACCUCAUCACAGUUCCCGGAACACUGAAUGGACAGAUGUACCAGAACUUGAUCCUGGACGUUGCUGUUGUGCCUCAUUUCGAUAACCAUGCUCUCGCCACACGUCCAGUCUUCAUGGACGAUAAUGCCAGACCACAUCGUGCUCGAGCUGUUGUUCAGCAUCUCCAACACAACGCCAUUGAGACACUACCAUGGCCUGCCAGAAGUCCAGACCUAAAUCCUAUUGAGCAUUUGUGGGACAUUUUGGGACGUAGGGUGAGAGCAAGGGAUCCUCCAGUUCAGAACCUUCAGGAAUUGACCCAUGCAUUGUAUGAUGAGUGGCAGCAGAUCCCUCAACAGAGCAUCAGACGUCUGGUGACAAGCAUGAGAAGGCGUGUAGAACAUGUUAUCCAAGUGCGAGGUUAUGACAGUACUCAGAAUGUUGAAUAUGAAUGCAACAGCUACUGCAUACCUUGUAACUGCAGUCGUAAUGGUACAAAUAUCAAUUCACUGUUUUCCUGUGACAUCCGGUCUGGACAGUGCCCGUGUAAGAAUAACGUCAUGGGCAACAUGUGUAAUGAAUGUAAGGACACAUUCUGGGGUCUCAGCAGCUCCCUAACCGAUGGAUGUCAAAGCUGCAGUUGUAGCAGCAUUGGUUCUUUUAACAGCACCAACUUCUGUAACAAGGAGACGGGCAACUGUGUUUGUAAAACCAAUGUUGAAGGACAGUCUUGUGAUCGGUGUAAGCCUAGAAGCUAUAACCUGCAGUCGGAUAACUUUCAAGAUGGCUGUACUUUGUGUGACUGUGACUCUGGUGGGGCUGUUAACCCAGAAUGCAAUGUUCUAACUGGGCAGUGUACGUGUCGAAACAACAUAGAGGGGAGAAACUGCAAGCAGACUGCCAUUGGUUUUUAUGUGCCCAAACUGGAUCACUUCACAUUCGAUGUUGAAUUCCAGAAUACAGAGGGAUUGAAAACGGUCGACGUACCAGGCCAUGGGAAUUUGGACUCAACCGUCACUGGUCAUGGUUUGGUGGAGCUGACACCAGGAAACACGAUGACAGUGAAGUUGUCGGUGCCUGCCCCUCUAACUCGCAUGUUUGAGGUGAUCAUCAGGUAUCAGCAGAAGGGUUCCCGAUCUGUUGUCCAAGGGGUGAUAACUCAGGAUAAUGGAGUGAACUAUGAGUGUAAUGGCCAGCAGUAUACACCAGGAAAGACAUGGACGUUUUCAAAUGAAUUAUUUGGACCAACAAACACAGGAUCUACGGUACUAACAAGUGUGUGUAUGAAAGAGCUACAGACCUACACACUGACUCUGACAACAACUAGCACUUCUCUUAUUGACUCGAUCGUGUUGCUGCCUCAAAUUGAGGAUCUGUCCGUGUACACAUCAGCUGAUGCAGAAAGCCGAACAAAAAUGAAAGACUGUUGGGACACCAGCAAGUCUGUUAACCUAGCUCAGAGAGAAAACAUGACUUGUUCGGUGAUUGAAUUUUCACUGAUGGCAGAAUUCUUUGGAGGAGCAAUUCCGUGUGCAUGCAAUGUAUCUGGAACACAACCGAGCAUAAUGUGUGCACAUCUUGGAGGCCAGUGUGCAUGCAAAGAUAACACCAUUCUUCGUGACUGCAGUAUGUGCAGGGUGGACUCUUAUGGACAGAACAUGCUAGGAGUGUGCACAGCAUGUAACUGUAACCUCGGUGGCUCAGAGAAUGCAUUCUGUAAUGACACUGGAUUUUGUAAGUGUCGGUCAAACGUCUUAGGGAUGAAAUGUGAUUCGUGCUUACAAGAUUACUAUGGCCUCGCUACAGGAAGAGGUUGUGUCAACUGCCAGUGCAAUCAAGUCUAUUCCAUUAACAACACCUGUGCCGAUGAUGGACAGUGUCCUUGCAAGCCUGGCGUGGGAGGAAAGCUUUGUACCAAAUGCUUGGAUGGAUUCUUCAAUUUGACAACUGGGGGUUGUUCCCCUUGUGACUGUCAUGCAGAUGGCAGCAGUGGUUCAGUUUGCAAUGACGUGACUGGAGCAUGUACAUGUAAAUCUGUGACAACUGGACCCAAAUGUGCAAAAUGCAAGCCAGGAUACUUCGGAAUUGGACCUUGGAGCACCGAGGGCUGUAUGACAUGUUUCUGCUCGGGUGUCACCAACAGCUGCUACUCGCCUCCAGGCUGGUACAAGGCCAAGACUGUCAGUCUGUGGACGUUGGGCAGUGACGCUGCGGUUGAUGACCGUUGGGUGGGCAAAGAUGAUGUCGGCAGUGAUGUCCCCGUCACUGAAGCCAUUGUCCUGACUUAUAAACCUCCGAGAUAUGUUAUGCGGAUAACAAAUGUAGGCGAUAAUCUUCAACGAGCUCAUUUGUUUUUUGUGGCUCCUUCAAAAUUCCUUGGCAACAAGCAGUCGUCUUAUGGUAUGAAGUUGACGGUCUCUCUGCGAACAUCAUCAAAUGGUUCUCUGAUUGAAAACAGGACCAACGGAGAUAUCAUCCUCAAAGGAAGAGAUACAGACUUCGUCCUGGUGAAACAACUGCCGAGCAUACCAUACGGUUCGGGCACAUCAUCAGUAGAUUAUGCCUUUCUCAUGAGAGAGACCGAAUGGUUUGUAAAUUCCACCAAUGGAACAGCAGCAUCAUACCAAGACCUGAUGAAAACUCUGUCAAACUUACAGUCGUUUAAAAUUAGAGCCAAAUACAGUAAUGAGAGCCGUGCGUACACAGACUUGCACCAUGUUAUAAUGGAACAUGCAAGCAACAGUGGAGAAGAAUUGGUCAACAAUGUGGAGCAGUGUGACUGUCCUGUCCAGUUUACGGGCCAACACUGUGAGAGCUGUGCUUCGGGCUAUAAACGUGAAACAUUGACCGGUAGUCAGUUCGGCACCUGCGUUAAGUGUGAGUGUAACGGUCAUGAUGGCGGACCGUGUGACCCCCAGACCGGUGUCUGUCAGUGUACACACUUCACAACAGGAGACAGGUGUGACCAGUGUCUACCUGGUUAUUAUGGCAAUGCUCUUGGAGGAAACCCAGAUGACUGUCAACCGUGCAUGUGUCCCGGUGAUGUGGUAGCAAAUGAGGUGAAUGUAUUUGCUUCAACGUGUGAGCUGGCACCUGCAGGACAGCCAAGUCCACUCUGUCACAACUGUUCUGUGGGUCACACCGGCAACAGGUGCGAUGUGUGUGACACCAAUUACUACGGUGUUCCUAAGGACCCCCAGAACAACAAUGGUAGGUGUGUUCCGUGUGUUUGCAACAGUCGUGCCGACACCUGCAACUCUACAACGGGAAACUGUAUAAACUGCACGCUCAACACCGAAGGCAAAGAGUGUGAAAUCUGUGCACAGUCUUAUUUUGGAGACGCCAUGAGGGGGACCUGUAAACCUUGUAAUUGUGAAGCGUCUGUUGGUUCUACUGGAGAAUGCGACCACAACAAUGGCCGGUGUACGUGCCGGCCGAAUGUUAUUGGCUUCAACUGUGACCGGUGUGUUAAUCUCGCCUUCAACUACAGCAGCGGCGUCGGCUGUACAAUGUGCGACUGUGACGUGAACGGAGCCAUUGUUCUCAGCUGUGAUGGGGCAACUGGCCAGUGUAGCUGUCGGAGUCAUGUGAUUGGUCGUCAGUGCAAUAUUUGUGAGGCCACCUACUGGAAGCUGAAUCCAGCAACAGGAUGUGAUGUGUGUAGCUGUGAUUCACGGGGAACUGCAAACACAGAUCCGUUCGGAACAUGUGACAUCGUCACCGGACAGUGUAACUGUUCUUCUGAGGCAAUUAUUGGACGCACAUGUGACGAGUGUGCCAAGAUGUCAAAAAAAAGCUACUCAUUUAUCCGCACAUUUGUUAUUGGUGCCUAUCCUGACUGCGUUCACUGUGGAGAAUGUUUCGACAGCUGGGCAGGGAAGAUUGACAGUAUUUACAAUAAUCUUAUACAGCUCGAUGUGAAAGCCAAAGAAAUUUGGAAGCAUUACAAUAACCAGGAUGCUGAGGGUGUCCGACGGGCUCUGGAGGAAAUUAAAACAAACAUAGCCAACGCGGAGCUCUCUAUUGAGAAGGCUGAGAACGUCUCGAAGGAACUCAGUCUACUGCAUGGUGACCUCCAGCAGGUGCUGAUCAAAGCCAACAAUUUGGAUCGUGAGUUGGAUGUUCUGCAACAAGAACGGGACAGUGCAAACAGAGACCUGUCGACCAGUUCAGCAUUCACCGGGGUAUUCCAGACCGACGCAGGAGUCAUCCUUUCAGAGAGUGAACUCGUCAACAAAGUUAACUCUCUCAAACAACAUACCGAAGCGUCCUACCAAAUGGGUAACAGCUCCUGGACGAAAAUCAAGAGUCUGUCGUUCCUCGUUGGGUCGGCGGAUGAGAGCGUCAAGCUGCUGCACAGCCGGGUGAGCACGGCAAUGUUGGUGCUGUCCAUGGCGAUGACCACAUACAGGUCGGCAAAAAGCAUCUACGAAGGAACAUAUCUGAAUGGUUUCAAGAGCAACGAGAACACCAUAGCCCAGGGAAUGGCGGCAUAUGCUGCAGCGAUGGUAGAACUGAACAGGAUUAAAGGCGUACUGGGGCAGAUUCAGACACAGACCGCGCAGGCGAACGCAAUGAUGACAUCGGCCGUAGAACUCGCCCGUCAGAAGAGGUCUUCUCUUGAAGAGGCGCUGAGACAAAGUCAGGGUGCCAAGGUGAUUGCAGAUGCUGCUGUGAUGUCGGCACAGAAUGCAGAGGCGUCUGUCAAUGUUUUCAAGUCUGAAGCAGAGAAAACCAAGGAAGACCUGACGGUUGCCUUCAGGAAGGUUGUGGAAGGAUCCGUGUCACUGCAAGAGGUUGUGAAGCAGAUGGCGAAUAUCACCACUCUUGUCAACACCAUUCUCAACCUGAAGUUACGGCCCUUGUCCGACAUGGAGACCAUUACAAAUGACAUUCGGAACGCACCAAUUUCAAACACUGACGUCACAGCAAUCAACACUAAAGCUCAGCAAGCUUUAGUCACCGCACAGAAGUCUCUGAAUGACACACAGAAAGCUAUGGAUGACUCGCGUAAAGCGCUGGAACAGGUGCAGGGAAUUCGUGAUAAUCUUGCACAAGCCGAGACCCUUCGAUCAGAGGCCCAGCAGCUGAAGACAGAGACAGACUCGUACAAUACAACAGUCAAUAAUGCCAUAACUCAGAUAAACACGAAGGUUACGGAUGCUGACACCUUAUCUCAGUCCACGUCAACUGCUAUCUUGUUGGUGCUAGCCGCCAUUGGCACGGCCAAUCAGUGCUUUACAGACAAGGAUGCCGCAGCAACGGCAGCCGUCAAUGCAGCGACAGCUGUUGAGAAUGAGGCUCAGUCCCUUGCCAAGAGUCAUAACCAAGCAGGAAGUGUUGCAAAUCUGCUUGAUGAAGAAUUAACGAAGAAAGAUUACAGUCAACCACUGAUGGAUAUUGAUAAAGCCAACGUCCAGCUAAUGGGCAUCAGCAAUGAGUUGAAAACUGUUCAAAUGAUGGCCGAUCUACAAGCGAUGCUCCGUGCGUAUUUGGUUCAGCGUGAUGAGAUGAUCAUCCUGGAGAACGAACUGAGUGCCCAGGAGUCGGAGCUCGACAUGCUCAUCCAGUCCCUGCAGCUCAACUCUCAGACAUCCAAGUGUACCACCAACUGAGUGGGACGUCACAACAGUGUGCUGAUAUAGGCGUCGGACGAUGCUGGCAACUGGGGUGCCGGUUGGGGCAAGCCCAUAGGAACGAUAUAUGGAGUGAGGGGGAGGGCACAGUCUUUAGUAACGGGGCAACAGUCUCUGGGGUUGUGGGGGGGGGGGGGAGACAUUGGCUACAUUUUUAUCUUUAUUUGUAUAGAGUAGGACAAAAAACAUACAUUUUCAUCUUUAAAAAAUGUACAUUUUCGUCUUUAAAAAACUUUAUGGUUUUGUUCUCAAGUGUCUGGUUCCUACAAGCCUCUGGGGGUAGUUAUAAAUGAAUUUUUAAACUUGUGGUGGUACGGCAUAUUCAGGCCUCCUCUGCUUCAUAGUUGAGGGGGCUUUUGCACCCAGCUGCCCAACUCCCUAAUCCCCACCUAGGGUUUAAGCUGGACGCCCAAUAUUAAUAGCAGUUUGGCAAAUUUGUUUAUAAAAUCUGUAGCCAAAUUCAAGUAGCAUUUCGCUAACCAGAAUUAUUUUGAAAAAUAGCUAUACACUUACAAAUGACACUUUCAGCAUUACGUACAAUUUUUUUUCAGCAUUACGUAUUGUAGCACUUACUUUUUAAUUAUCUUUUGGGGUGAAUUAGUAAUAAGACAUAUAUUCACCAAAUUCAUCUUUAAAUUGCAUUUGGCAAAUGACAGCUUAAACCCUAGCCCCACCCCACCCCCACCCCCUGAUUCCAACACUCAUGGCUUAUAAUACUUGGCAGGCUUUUGCAGGAGACUGAUGCUUAUUGGUCAUUUCUUCCAAACUCGCACGGUCUCAGUUUUAUGCAAUUCUCAUGAAAUUUCUUAAGAUUAGAACAUCACAUAUAUUUCUCCCCAAAAUUACCUCAUAUCCAGUAAAAUGUUACAAAACUUCUAACAAGCAGGUAUGUUAGUUUGUUUUGUUUAACAACACCACUAGAGCACAUUGAUAAAUUAAUCAUCGGCUAUUGGAUGUCAAAAACAAGAAGGUAUAUAUAUGACAACUUAAUAUUUUGCUUUAUUAAUAAGAUUAAUUUAUUAUUUUUUACAAUAGGAACAAAUUGCCAGGUGAAAAGCACUUAAUGCUGUCUGAUGUACAAUCACAGGUAUAUUUAGGAUUAGUUCUUUGGAUCUUCAGUUUACUAAAUUUGAGAUUGAUUUUGUUUUUAUAUCAUUUGUAAAAUAGUAUCACUUUGUAAAAAUGUUAAAUUGUGAGAAAUCGAUUACCCAGUAUUCUGUAAGACUGGAGUACAUGUAUAUGCCUUUGUCAGAGAGCCGAUGAUAUGUAGAUUUACAUGUCAGUUUUUCUCUUUCCACAAACUCUGCAAUUGAGCGAGCAACACACAAUUGUUUCUGUUCAUAAUGACAGAACAGGCUUAUAUGACUGCACUUAAAAUUAUUUACUGAUGAUCAAAAGAAAGUAUACCGAAAGAUUUCGAUAUGAAAUUGCCCAUUUUAGCACUAGAGCUGUUUGUGAACUGUAAUAUUCACAUUUGAUGGUAAUAAUUGUGUAUACUAGCGAUGAAAUGUAUAACUGUUAUUCCGCAAUAUAACUUUGGGAACAAAUAUGUGUCGCAAUAUUUUACUAGAGUCACAUGUAUGU